AUGAAAUUGCCAAAUAAAUCCUCUGUUAAAGAUGGGAAUAAUUGGAAAAAUUCCGAAAAUGUAUUUGCCCGUAUAUCUCCAGCAAUAGCUAAAAAUGUCUUUCAUCAUGUAAGACACAUUAGACUAUACAAUUACGGAUUAGAACUUCCAUUACUUGAUUUUAAUUGUCCACAAGGAUGUGAAAAAGAAUGGGAUAUUUGGAAAUGGCUAUUUUUUGUUUCACUACUAAUUACCUUUCUUUUUCUUGUAUUACUUUCAAUAUUUGUUGUAAUUUUGGAUAUUCGUGAAAGAUCUUUAUUGGUAUUAGAAUCUGAAGGGCCAAUAGAAAAUAUUAGAAUGGUCAGAAUAGAAGACGGGAGGGCAAUUUUAGAUGAAAAAGAUUUAAAGAAAAAUAAAUUUAGAAUGCUUGUUGAUAUUAAUUAA